ACGCUGGCGGCCGGCAAUGGCGAGGACGGUCUUGUGCCUUGGGGUUUUCAUCCUUCAGUCCCUCGCAGUCGCGACUGCGUUCUCGGGAUGCGGCUUACCACUGAGGGCAGCCUCAGCUGGACGUGCUGCAGGAAUCUGCAGGAGAGUCUCGAUGAAGAACGAGGACUUUGACGUCCCCGACACCAAGCAAGUUGCAAGCGCUCUUGGCGGCAUCCUCGGCAACCUCAAGUCCGGACGAGGCUUGUUCGGUGAAGAGGCGACCCAGAAGUUUGCGCGGACUGCGCUGGACACCGUCGAGACGCAGCUGAAGGAGGUGUCGGAUGAGAUCAAGGCAGGUGAAGGUGCCACUGCGGUAAAGUCUGGCGACAAGGCGAAACGCAUGUCGAUGGAGAAACCGUCCUACUCUCCCGAGGACAAGUGGAACAUCAUCUUGACCGGAGGCAGCGAGCCGCUCGAGCUGACUGUCCGUCCUACCAUG